GUUGCACAACCAGAAGGUGGCAACAAACUAUUGUUGAUUCAUGCUGAUUCAUUUUUAUACAUUCCAAUUAUGUUUCCCCUUAAUUGCCUUCCUUUCUAAUUUUUUUUGAGAUGUAGCUUCUAAAACUGAAGACAGUAUUCCAAGUGGGAUUGCACCGUAGAUUUGUAAAAAGAAGCCAGUACCUGUUCUUAAAAAUAAAAAAAUCCUUUUCUUGUUAUCCCUAACAUGGUACUGUAUGUGCAUGUUUCACAGCUGCUGCGCACUGGGUCAUUGUGGUGUGCGAGAGUCUGUGGCUAUGUACAGUUCUGAGUGUAACCACCACAGACUUAUCAGAUGUCGUCCUUCCCCAAUCUGGUGGCCCCCCAGGUGUUGUUGAACAGGUCUUUGUGGCAACCCAUUUAUUGAGCAUUCAUCCUGAAUUGCUUAUGCAGAGGUUAGACAAUGUCUGCUCCUUAUACAACAUUCAUUCUGAUUUGACAGGGGAAGCAGUGACUGCCAAUAAAAUCAGUAGCCUCAUAUUCCUUUCCCCACCGCAAAGUCUAGCAGUGCAAAAUGAUUGUGACAACACUGUACUGCUAGUUUUCCCACUGCACUUCAUUGCCUGGCAGGUCAGGGAAACUCUGAGCACUGUCAGUGUCACAUAAGGCAAUAUGGGAUUACUGGGCACUGCGGGAGAAGGGAGAGAGGCUGCAGCUUUGGGUGGCACUGUGGGUUAAACCACAGAGCCUAGGGCUUGCUGAUCAGAAGGUCAGCGGUUCGAAUCCCUGCAACGGGGUGAGCUCCCGUUGCUCGGUCCCAGCUCCUGCCCACCUAGCAGUUCGAAAGCACGUCAAAGUGCAAGUAGAUAAAUCGGUACCACUCCGGCGGGAAGGUAAAUGGCGUUUCUGUGUGCUGCUCUGGUUUGCCAGAAGCGGCUUAGUCAUGCUGGCCACAUGACUUGGAAGCCGUAUGCCGGCUCCCUCGGCCAGUAAAGCGAGAUGAGUGCCGCAACCCCAGAGUCGGUCACGACUGGGCCUAAUGGUCAGGAGUUCCUUUACCUUUACAUGAGUCUUGUAUGUUCUAGUUCCAAUACUAUGCAUAUAAGAGGGAAACAGCUCUCCCUGAGGAGCUUACAUGCUUUCGACAGCGUAGGGCAGCCUACCCUAAACCUGGUGCCCUCUGGACCACAACUCCCAUAAGCUUCGGCCAGCACAAUCGUAACAAGGUUGAAUAAAAACAUUGCCGCCAGUGUGGACAAGGCUUGUGUCAGUUGUGGAUAAAUGCGGGUUUUGCAUAUCAAGGUUAUGUUUCAGUGACCGAUAAGAAUAAUGGUUCUUGGAAAUUGUUGUUUAUGCAGUGGCACCACCCCUUGCAUUUGGUUAUGUGGAUAUUGGAAAAUAUCAUCACUAGUCUGCAGGGAACAAUGGGUUCAUGCAGCUGCCUUAAAUUGGUUAGUCCACUGGACUUGAAUUGUAUGCCAAGGGUUGGGAAAGCUCUCUCUCCUCCUUCAGAGUUCUUGAGACUUCUCCAGGACACCUUAUGAAAUGCAUUGUGUGUGGAGGGUAAAAUAAAUUGUAUCAGGUCAGGAAAGUGCUGAGUUCAGUCCACAGUCAAAAUCUGUGUACAGAAUAAAAACUUUUUUAAAAAAGAAAAAAGACUUUGAUCCAAUAGUUCCAGGUAAAAAGCAGACCAGAACAAAACAGCAUAGGAUCAUAAGUCUCAUAAGUCUUAACAAAAUAGGAAACAUCUUCCUUUUCCCUAGGCAUAGGGAAGGCACACUUAGAAAGUCCUUGCCUUGACACAAUACAAGUACUCCCUCUUUUUUGCCAUUCAGAGUUCCUUCAGGUCAUAUGCAGCCACGGCUUCCUCAAAGCUCACAUGGGAAGAUCAGCAGUGAAAUACCCAAGCACUUUCCUUUCGUAAGCUUAAGAAAUCACAUGUGAUUUUUUUUUUUCCCUCAGCUCACAGGAUAGAGAGCAGGCGAUUCUUGCAAAAGCUGGUUGUUUAUACGUGUAAACAGCUGACAUGAGAAAUGUGUGUGUGUGUGUGUGUGUGUGUGAAAGCAGUGGCUAUUUUGUGUCCGUAGAACAUCUCUCAGAAUCCAAAAGCAGAGCUACAUAAAUGAUUCAAAGAAGCAAAGAAUUAUGAUAGUUGAAUUUCUAAUAGUUGCAUUUAUACCCUAUGUCCGAUAGUGUGUUUUUCAACGCCCUAGAAAACAUUUUUUAAAUGGUCAUUAUAAAGAUGCCAGCAAUCACAACUUAUCAGAAACACAAGUUCUUUCCCACACCAUCCAAAGUGGCUCACAACAGAUUGUGGUUUUCCCCAUUGACUACGAGAACGGAUAUAGUUGAAGAGGAAUCAAACUGCUUUCCCUAGAAAUUCUCAUUUGAAGGUUUGCUAUCUUGUGCCAAUUGUGAUCUCAUUCUUGUCUUUAAAAAGAAUGCCGAGUUACUUCCAAUUUCAUACGUAAGGAAAGCACUCCAUUAUUAAGGCCAUGACAUCUUCUCCAAGUACCGUAUGAAUGAGUCAGGAAUUGAGAACAAGUUCCCUUGCACAGCUACAAAACCACCAGUCACUGCAUUAUACUAAAAGGAUGCUGGAGUGCAGCAAACCCAAGGCAUUUGUCCAUGGCAGGGCCUUCUCAGGGGUGGCCCCCUGUUUGUGGAAUGCCCUUCCUGGUUAGGGUGCCCGUCUCCCUCACUACUGAAUUCCAGAAUAAAUUUAGAAACACUCCUGUUUACCCAGGCAAUUGAUGGGAUGAUAAGACACUGGCCGUGGCAAACACGGAAUUAAUAAUUAUGCAGGUAUGUGACUGCUUUUAAAUGUUUUCAGAAGCUGUGAGUGUUUAAAUCAGGGGUCCCAAACUAGGGCCCGGGGGCCGGAUGCAACCCAAUCGCCUUCUCAAUCCGGCCCUCGGACGGUCCAGGAAUCAGCAUGUUUUUACAUGAGUAGAAUGUGUCCUUUUAUUUAAAAUGCAUCUCUGGGUUGUUUGUGGGGCCUGCCUGGUGUUUAUACAUAAGUAGAAUGUGUCCUUUUAUUACAAUGCAUCUCUGGGCUAUUUGUGGGGCAUAGGAAUUUGUUCAUUCCCCCCCCCAAAAAAAAUAGUCCGGCCCCCCACAAGGUCUGAGGGACAGUGGACCAGCCCCCUGCUGAAAAAGUUUGCUGACCCCUGGUUUAAAUGCUUUAGGAGGGUUGUUUUGAAUUGUCUUUAAAUGUUUAAAUUAUGUUUUACUGGACUGCUUUCACAUUUUGAUGUUUGCUACUCUUGGUUCCUUCAGGAGGAAGGGUGGGAUAGAAACCUAGUAAGAAUAAUCAUCUGGGUGAUGGCAGCCUGUGGACUCCAACUCUCAUUAGCUCCAGCCAGCAUGGAAUGAUGGGAGUUGUAGUUCAGCAACCCAGAGUGGAACUGCACUGAACAGUUUCCAGAGAUAAAUGCACAGCAUCUCCCAGAGCAUUGAAGCCAACUGCAUCUGAACUCUUUUUAACUGUUCUAUAGACUGCUUCUAAGAGAGAGGCAGAAAAUCUACAGGGGCUAUAUGCUAGCAACUGGUAAGAUUUCAGCUUUCACAACAUUUCCUCUUUUUUGCCAAGGUCUGCAGUUUGUCACUUAAAUAGUUCAAAGCUGCCCCUCGCGGAAGUAUAGGAGAGCUGGCCAGCUGCAGUAUUUGACACUUAACCCAUACUUGGCACCAGCAAGAAACAUUACUAACAAUGGCUUUUUCCAAGUCCAAUUUUGGAGUUUAAGAAGUAGAAGUUCCAGGGUUUUAAAACCAGGCAGGGCAGGAAUAGUAGGGAGCAUUAUUCCUGCAUGAAUUCGGAAACAUGUUUUUUAGUUACUUAAUAGCUUGAAAGGAUACCGGACUCUCCAAAUUGACCUACCCAAGAAUGGCAGAGUCCAUGCGUUCCUUAGAACGGAAAGCCUCCCCAGACCGUUAAACAGUCAAGUGAAUAUACAAGACAACAUACAAGAGCCAAGAAAAUAAGGAACUGAAAAUGCACUAGAGAUGCCUAAUUCAAGCACUCCUCUAGGAAACUCCUGCAGCUUCAAUGAGACAAUAAGAAAACAAGUUCUUCCAGUUGCCUAUGGUCUGAUCUUUCUAGGAGGAAUCCUGUUGAAUGGGGUGGCAGCCUGGGUCUUUCUGUACAUUCCCAGCAAGACAAGUUUUAUUGUCUAUCUCAAGAACAUUGUCGUCGCUGACCUCAUCAUGAGUUUAACUUUCCCAUUUAAAGUUUUUGCCGAUUCAGAAAUUGGAUCUUGGCGGCUCACUGUUUUCGUCUGCCGUUAUUCGGCUGUCGUAUUUUACCUAAAUAUGUAUAUCAGCAUAACACUGUUUGGUCUCAUAGGCUUCGACCGAUGCUACAAAGUUGUGAAGCCUCAGUUCAUCGCAUCUUUCCACACUGUUCGAUGUAGCAGGUGUAUCUGUGUAGCCGUGUGGGCACUUCAUCUAGUGAUAUCACUCCCCAAUACAAUUUUAACAGAUCAACAUCCUACCAAAAAUAUUUCGAAGAGCUGUGUGAACCUCAAAAAUGAUCUUGGAGUCCAGUGGCACAAGGCUUCAAACUACAUCUGCUUAGGAAUUAUUUGGACUGUCUUUUUACUCCUAAUAGCCUGUUAUAGUUCUAUAGCAAGGAAAAUAUAUCUAUCCCACCAAAAAUUCAGGAAAAACUCCAAACGGUCAAGGAAAAAAACCAAUCGGAAUAUUUUCACCAUCAUGCUUGUAUUUAUCAUUUGCUUUGUUCCAUACCAUGUUGUAAGAAUCCCAUACACAUUAAGUCAAACUGCUUCACAUCGUUAUAACUGCCCAACAAAAGAGAUGUUGUUUUACCUAAAGGAACUUUCUCUGCUCCUGUGUGCUGCAAAUGUUUGCCUUGAUCCUAUUAUUUAUGUAUUUCUUUGCCAACCCUUCAAGGAAAGAUUGUACCAAAAACUGCACCUCAAGUUGAAGGUGUCUGAGGAAUUAGAAAACUCUAGGUCUAAAAAGUCAAAUGUGAUUUGUGAAACAGUAGUCAUUCCAUAAAUUCCAAACAAGAGUCUGGAAACCAAGCCUUAUGAGAAACGGUUGAGAGAAUUGGGUAUGUUUAGCCUGGAAAAGAGGAGAUUGAGAAGAGAUAUGAUAGCCAUCUUCAAAUAUCUCAAGGACUGUCACUUGGAAGAGGGCGGGAAACUCAUUUUCUCCUGCUCUGAAGGGUAGGACCCGAAACAAUGGCUUCAAGUAACAAGAAAGAAGAUUCUGACUAAAAUUAGAAAGAACUGACAGUAAGAGCAGUUAGAUAGUGGAACAGACUCCCCUGGAAGAUGGUGAACUUUGCUUCAUUGCAGGUUUUUAAGCAGAGGUUGGUUGGCCAUCUGUCAUGGAUACUUUAGUUCUCUGCAUUGCAGAAGGUUGGACAAGUUAACCCUCAGGAUGCAUGCCAACUCUACAAUUCUGUGAUUCUAUGAGAGCAGGCUAUUUACAAUAUGCUAAGAUGGACCCAAUGGGAGGCUGGUCCUCACUUCACUGCCUUCUUUCUUGCAACCAGUAAGGAGUUGGCUCUGACUGUCUCACACCUUAACUGAAUCUAAACAAUAUGGACAACUUAGAAGACAACGGUAUCUAUUGUGAAUGAACUGAUUGUUUCACUUGGCUCCUCGAUUUUUAUUAAUAUAUUUGUAUUCAAAACUCAUACAAACAUGAGUUGAGUGCUAUGUGCAUUUUGUGCUUGAAUUUAUAUCAAAAUAAAAUAAUGUGGAUUUCAGCAAUGGCUAUUUAAUAUCUAUCAUCUAUCUAAUUUUAUAAAUGCUGUAUUGCUAGAAAGAAUCCCUUAUCAGAAGAGUUAUACAGUGGUACCUUGGCUCUCAAACUUAAUCCGUUCCGGAAGUCCGUUUCAAAACCAAAGCGUUCCAAAACCAAGGCAUGCUUUCCCAUAGAAAGUAAUGCAAAAUGAAUUAAUCCGUUCCAGACUUUUAAAAACAACCCCUAAAACAGCAACUUAACAUGAAUUUUACUAUCCAACGAGACCAUUGAUCCAUAAAAUGAAAGCAAUAAUCAAUGUACUGUACUAUAAAAUAAAUAAGACAGUAUUGUAGAUGAUAAAAAUUAAAAUUAUUUAUUUUCUUACCUGCACUGAUGAUAGUCAUUGUUUGGAUGGGGGGCUUUUAUCCAUUUCCACAGUCACACAAUCAAUCAAUCAGUAGCUGAACUGGGUUCCACACAGUCACAAAAACAAAUUAAUUGAAAAUGCCUCAAAAACAAAAACACAAAAUAAAUAGCAAAAACAAAUUUAAUCAGUUCCAGAAGUCCCUUUGACCUCCGAAAUGUUCAAAAACCAAGGCGCAGCUUCUGAUUGGUGGAGGCGCCCUGGAAACAAUAGCCGACAGCUGUAUUGGACGUUCAGCUUCCGAAAAAUGUUUGAAACCUGGAACACUUACUUCUGGGUUUUCGGAGUUUGAGAACCAAAGUGUUUGAGAACCAAGGCAUUUGAAAACCAAGGUACCACUGUAUUCCUGAAUUUCUCCAGUGAAAAUCUUCAUCCCUUCUCUUUUGCAAACACAGCCUCUUCAACUAAAACAGUACUCUCAUAACUUUAACCCAACAGUAGCAUCAGGCAUCCAAGUGGCAAUCUACAUAAAGUCAAUGGGGGGGAGGGAUAAUUUCCUAUCAACGAUUCCCAGGUGCAUUGUAUGAAUGUUAGUUCAGAGAUCUGCUUUCCCUCACUGGUGCAUGCUCUUGGCAAUGGUGAUAUUUGCUCCCUUCUCAUCUCAAGGAGGGAACAACAGGAAACAAUGCCAAUUGGAGUAUAUAGGCAGAUCAGUGGUUUGGAAGGACAUGGCUUCUCAAACAAAAGCUGCAGGUAUGGUUCAAGACUGACUCAGCACAGCAAAAGGUUGCAACUCUCUUGUCAGUUUCUCAACUGAGAGCUUUUAGGCCUUCUGUAAUACACAACUCUGGUGCUCAGAGUUGAGUGGGUCAUGAGAAUAGUUCCCCCUUACAAGAUGCCACAAUAUGGUGUUGUAAGCUGUUCAUUUUGAACUAGAGAAACCUCUGUAGCAUUAGGGGGCUAGAUUUGAUGGAAAUGAGAUUAUCUGGGAGGCGGAACUCUUGUUCCUUCUAGCAAGAUUUGAGAUUUAGGAUCAGCAUUGUUGGAAGCAGUCCCAAUUUUCUUCUGCUUAAUGUUUCAUUGUUCCCAGUUGCAUCAGAUGCCUCCAAAAAGUAAGGGUGCCAUGCUCAGCAUUCAUUUCCUAAGCUCCAAUGAACCAAAGUUCCUCAAGUUUGCUCCACCACUACCCAUGAUUGCUAAAUUGAACAUCCAUAGUCUCAGGCUGUAUACCUAUAAAUACUAAAUGAUAGCGACAAGCAUGAGAAUGUUGUUGCCUCAUCCCCUGUUCGUAAGCUUCCCUCAGGAUGCUGCUAGAAAGAAUUAUAAACUAGAGGAGUAUGAGGGUCACACCCAAGGCUGUACAAUAAGUACGAAGAUCGAAUAUAAAGUCUUUCAGGGACUGUAUCACUAUCUGGAAUGUAUAAGUUUAAAAUUUAUGUUGUUUGAUGUGAUUUUGUUUAUUUGGGGGAGGGGUUAAACUUUCUUUUCAUUGGACCCAAUGAAGAAAGCUGAGAAUACUGGGGUCCUUUUGCAUAGAAAACAUAUUUAUGUGAGGUCCUUUUCAUUCAUUCGGUGGUUGUCUACUGAACACGGGACACAAACCUGCUUCUGGAUUUAUGAACAUGGGAAGGGAAAUGAAUUUAAGAAGCCAGUUAGACCACAGUCUUUUUAAUAAUACAGUUUUAUCAGUAGUUUUGAUAAGACAACAACAACAACCUGUAGUUAUUGCAAACAAUUGCCAUGAAUGCUUCUCAGAAUAAAGCCAUUUCAGAGUUGAUGGCACUAUUAUUAAUCUAUGUAACUGUAUCACUCCAAAUUAAGUUCCAAGAAACAGAAAGGUGCACCUCUCUGUUGCAACAAUUAACAUAAGCAGCAACAACAACAAAACGGUAGCCACACUGUAGCUGGUACUAAAGGUAUUCCUUAACACAGCACACAAGAACAUUAUGAAAU